AUGACAGAAGCUGGUGAUCUUACUUCAGUUCCAGCCAGCGUGAUCAGGCCGAUCCCAUUUCUUGUUAUUUUCAAAGAUAUAACACAUGUAUUCAGUAUGGAUGCAAUCGGGCGAGAGCUACUAAGCAUGGCGUUUCCGGCGGCUUUGGCUUUAGCUUCUGAUCCAGUAGCCUCUCUGAUUGACACCGCGUUUAUUGGACGUUUAGGAGCGGUUGAGCUAGCAGCGGUUGGAGUAUCCAUUGCGAUAUUCCAACAAGCUUCUAGAAUCACGAUAUUCCCAAUUGUGAGCGUCACAACUUCCUUUGUCGCUGAGGAAGACACAUUGGAAAAAAUGAAAGAAGAAGAAGAAGCAAACAAAGCCAAUCUUGUUCAUGCAAAUACUUUAGCUGUUCAAGAUUCCUUGGAAAAAGGCGUUGCGUCAACCACAAGUAACAACAAAAACCAGCCGCAGCAAACGCCAGUUGAUGUGAAACUAACUUCGGAUACAAAGUCAAACAACGGAAACAAAGCAAAUAAGAAAGGAAAGAAGACUAUCAAAUCGGCUUCAACGGCUAUGAUCAUAGGGUUGACCCUAGGCCUUGUGCAAGCUAUAGUCUUGAUUUUUAGCUCGAAGGUGCUUAUAGGCGUCAUGGGAGUGAAACCGAACUCGCCAGUGUUAUCACCAGCGCAAAAGUACCUGAUAAUACGAUCAUUAGGUGCUCCUGCAUUGCUUCUGUCGCUUUCAAUGCAAGGCAUCUUCCGUGGCUUCAAGGACACCAAAACUCCUCUUUAUGCUACAGUCGCAUCAGAUGGUCUUAACAUCAUUCUCGACCCCAUUUUCAUUUUUGUGCUUCGUCUUGGCGUCAGCGGUGCCGCCAUUGCUCAUGUUAUUUCUCAGUACUUCAUGCUUCUUAUAUUGUUCAUCCGCCUCGCUCAGGAAGUUAAUUUGAUGCCACCAAAAUUUGGAGACCUGCAGUUCGGAAAGUUUAUUAGAAAUGGGGGAUUAAUGCUGGCAAGGACCAUAGCUGUGACAUUUUGUCAGACCUUAGCAGCAGCAAUGGCGGCUAGGCUCGGAACGACACCAAUGGCUGCAUUUCAGAUCUGUUUACAAGUCUGGUUAAUGUCUUCUAUGCUCGCCGAUGGUCUUGCCAUUGCUGGUCAGGCGAUUCUGGCUUGUAAUUUUGCCGAAAAGGACUACAACAAUGUGACUGCUGCUGCAUCACGUGUUAUACAGAUGAGUAUUGUGUUAGGACUUGGACUGUCAGUUGUUGUCGGACUGGGUCUAUACUUUGGUUCCGGGGUAUUCUCCAAGGAUCCUGCCGUUCUUCAUAUCAUAGCCAUUGGGAUACCGUUUGUAGCAGCAACACAGCCAAUAAACUCACUCACUUUUGUAUUGGACGGAGUAAAUUUUGGAGCAUCUGAUUUUGCUUACACUGCAUACUCCAUGGUAGGAGUUGCAGCCGUAAGCAUUGCAGCAGUAAUAUACAUGGCGAAGAUCAAUGGUUUUGUAGGAAUAUGGAUAGCUCUUACGAUCUAUAUGGGUCUCCGCGCUAUUACAGGAAUUGGCAGAAUAGCAACUGGAACAGGGCCGUGGAAAUUCUUGCGUGGACGAACCACUUCAUCUUCCUAG